AUGGACGUCAAUAAACUCUGGAUUACCUUUGCACCUAGAUCCGCGAAAACAGGGGCUGUGCAGAAGCUGUUCUGUGCCGAGAUUCUGCACUCAGUGAAAGAAGAGAUUUUUGCAGGCCAUGUGCACACAUGCCUCCCGAGCCACCCGAUACUGCCGCAUCGCAGUUAUACCGGCUUUAGCCUGAGAUGGCCUCGGGAAACCUAG